AAUAAGAUGAACAAGUACGCAUCUCCAUAGGGAUGGAAGAAACAACACUUACUGGAUCCUUUCUUUUCUAAUAACUGCUCCAUUAUAGACAAUCACACAGCUGAGGGGUGACGGGCAGCACAUACAGUGUCUUGAGUUAUUGUGAGAGUGAGAAAACUUGAUUUCAUGACUUUAUUGAUGCACUUCUCCAAGGCGUCGGAGGUGGGAGCUGUGCGCAAAAACCAAACGAGAUUUGCAACCAGCCUCAAAUAACCCGUGGAAGCCUCCACUUGGAAAACUCUGCCACAAGACAGAAGGACACCUACAAAUAAAAGAGACCGCAGAAGAGUCCAAAUCGAGACAAACUGGGAUCUCGCUGAGCUGCUUCUGACGCGUAAAAGGAGACGACAGGGACAAGUGCAGGAUCUCUGGCUGGGUUCAGUGACAGGAUGCCUUCUGUUCCACUAUGUUUGGAUGAUUCAGGAGAGGGCAGGGGGCAUUUAGAGUCGUACCUGUGAGGCUAGGAAGGAAAUGUGCUGUCGUCAGAGCUUUGCAUUUUAAACCGGCGGGAUAGCAGAAGAUGAAAAGGAUACUGCAGUGACGUAACAGAAGAAGCUGAGUUUGCAUAGAUCAUAUCAGGCUGUCAGAGUGGAGUAGCGCUGGAGGCAGCAAGUGCUGUGGGAAGUUGCUGAGAGCGCAGAGAGGCAGAGUGGCAGUCACUCACAGAGGAGCACUUGUACAGAGAAGAGGCUGAACCUCUUUCUGGAAAGGAUAUCAAGGCCCACUCUCACGCCUCCUUCUUGUUGGUGUGAUCGUUGUGGCAGCACCUCAGGGAUUUGAAGGAAGCCGGCGCUGGCAGGAUGGUGGUGGCGUGGCUGCCUCAGGAUUGGGCCUGGCAGGCUGUUCUGCUGGUGACUGGACUGGCAGCGCUGAGCCGAGGGUCUGAUGCCAACCUGUUGGACACGAUGCUGCUGAAGAACGGAUGGAAGGGCGGAUCGGAACGAAGGGGGGAGGAGAGCAGCAGCAGCACAGCCACGGUUUCAGUUCAGAACAUGCUUUGGUGCUACUGCUACCCACACUGCCCAGAAGACUCCGUCAACAACACUUGCAUGACUGAUGGUUACUGCUUCACUAUGGUGGAGGAGGAGGAGGGAGGUCUUGCAGUUCUGACUGCAGGUUGUUUGCGACUGGCCGGAUCUGAGUUCCAGUGCAGAGACACGUGGAACGCACGUUCGAGGCGAUCUCUGCAGUGCUGCACAGAUCAGGACUACUGCAACAGAGACUUACAUCCUACUCUCCCUCCACUCGUGACGUCAGAUUACGUGGACCGCAGCAUCCAGUACAUGGCUCUGUUCAUUUCAGUGACCGUUUGCAGCAUCAUUCUGGGUGUCAUCCUUGUUUUCUGCUACUUCAGAUAUAAACGGCAGGAGUCACGGCCACGCUACAGCAUCGAUCUGGAGCAGGAUGAGACCUACAUUCCCCCGGGUGAGUCUCUGAAGGACCUGAUAGAACAUUCACGCAGCAUCGGCUCUGGCUCUGGGUCAGGACUCCCUCUACUGGUUCAGCGCACCAUCGCCAAGCAAAUACAGAUGGUCAAGCAGAUUGGAAAAGGGCGAUACGGAGAGGUCUGGAUGGGCAAAUGGAGAGGAGAGAGAGUGGCCGUCAAAGUGUUCUUCACCACUGAGGAAGAGAGCUGGUUCAGAGAGACUGAAAUCUAUCAGACCUUCCUGAUGAGACACGACAACAUUCUCGGAUUCAUAGCAGCUGACAUCAAAGGAACUGGCUCGUGGACUCAGCUCUACCUAAUUACAGACUACCACGAGAAUGGAUCUUUAUACGACUACCUCAAGUCCAACACCUUGGAUGUCAAGGCUCUGCUGAAACUGGCUUAUUCGUCCAUAUCGGGCCUCUGUCACCUGCAUACCGCCAUCUAUGGCACACAAGGCAAACCGGCCAUCGCACACCGAGACCUGAAGAGUAAAAACGUUCUGGUUAAAAAGAACGGAUCGUGUUGUAUUGCAGAUCUGGGACUUGCUGUCAAGUUUAAUAGUGACACCAAUGAAGUCGACAUCCCAACCAACCUCCGAGUUGGUACAAAGCGCUACAUGCCACCCGAAGUGUUGGAAGAGACCCUGAACAGGAGUGAUGUCCAGUCCUUUAUAAUGGCUGACAUGUACAGUUUUGGUCUUAUUGUUUGGGAGAUGGCUCGACGCUGCAUCUCUGGAGGCAUUGUGGAAGAGUAUCAGCUGCCCUAUCAUGACCUCGUUCCAACUGAUCCUUCCUAUGAGGACAUGAAGGAAGUGGUGUGUAUUAAGAAACAAAGGCCUUCAUUUGCUAAUCGCUGGAGCAGUGAUGAGUGUCUACGACAGAUGGGGAAGCUGAUGUCGGAGUGCUGGGCUCAUAACCCGGCAUGUCGCCUCACAGCCCUGAGGGUGAAGAAGACCCUGGCGAAGAUGUUAGAGUCUCAAGAUAUCAAACUGUGACAGAGUCGAGAGAGAUGCUCUCAUCACCCACAGACUUGUCAUCGCCACUGGCACAGGCCACUCACACUGGCCAACAGAAGAAAGGGAAAAAAAGAGGCUGUGAAUGAUAGAACAAAGGAAACUGACGAGGAGGAUGAGUGACAGAGAUAAUGGUCACCACGGAGCCAGAAAAAUGAGGAGCAAAAGAUCUAUUAUUUUGUCAGGGGAGAUGUGCCGUCUCCCUUUGUCUGAGCCGCCUCUGACGUAGUGUUCAGAUUGUGCUUUCUGUGAAAGCUGAGAGUUCGUCGGGUCCAGACUGUCCAGAUGAAGAACCCUCGCAGGAGAGGACUAAAAUCCCUCUGAUCAGUUUGAAACAGAGGAAGCUCCUGCUUUGCUCUUCUGAAGCCAUAUAGCAGUAGAGUGUGGGCAGUCUUUUGUACUGUCACAGCUGCCUUUGUGUGUGUGUUUGCUUUUUUUAUUUGUGAAUCAGUCACCGCAUGCUGUGGUAUCGCAGCAGAAUAUCAAGAGUUCACCGUCAGCUCCGUGACGAAUGGUGAUUGUCAUCCAUCCAAAGAAAUGUCUAAUUCAAGUUCAGUGACCUCAUUAUCAAAGACAUAAUAAUGUUAUUAUUUUAAUAUUAUUAUUAUUACAGAACAAAGCAGACUAUAUUAAAAACAUCUCCCGCAAAAACAAGGAGGAUAUAUUGUUUGUUCUAUUGAGUUUUCUUUAUAGUAUUUCUCAGUAUGUUUUGUUUCAAUAUUAAACUACAAUUCAAGCCUCAGAAUAGCGGUCUUCUUCUCCCUCAUUCAUUCAUUUGUACAAAGUUGAUCUGAAAUCUAUUAAGUAUUUCCUUGCUGGAUGUUGAAAUGUUUUUGAUCUGUGUACAGAAUAUGUCCCGUCCACUCUACCACUACGGCACGUGCCUUAUUUAAUCUGUACAUAUGUCAUUAAGGAGUGUAUGAGUGGAUCUGGAUAACAUUCCCCAAUAAAAACAAAUACAUGUCUUGA